UAGCUUAAAUUUGCAACCGUUCAUCAUGGCGAUCUGAGAAAAAUAAUUUUUGCUCAAAAAUAAAAUAAAUAAUCAAGAGAGUUAUAAUUACUUCGAAUGCAAAAGUGAUUGAGCAAAACGUAAGUUUGAAUCGGUCGCAGCGCGAAAUCCGACGAGUGCGUGUGGUCUUCGGUCAGUAACAAGUGCCUGGCGUGUGUCUGCGGCGGCAAAAAACCCAAAUGUAAAAUAUAUAACAAAAUCCCAACACCCCCAAGAGUUUGUCGUGCGAAAGUGGCGCCCCAGGUGGGCGUAGUGAAUUAGGCAGUGGGAAAAGCGCACAGAUUACACACCUAGGUGUGCGGUUCGCAAUAACAAAUUAUUUGUUACAAUAAAAGUGGAAAAAAGUGAAAAAAAACUAUGAUUGCUCCUGAGCAUUGGAGAACUGGCGAGGGGGGAUGGCUGGCGGGCGAGUAGAAGCUCGCGGAUGUAACACGCGCCACCUGCUUGCUCUCCCGUUCGCACUCACGCUCGGAAUAAGCGCGCCCUUAACCGAGCGUGCUGUGUGCAAGCGAGACGGCGCCAGUGGGGUGUUGCAGCAGUCAGCGAUUGGCUGGCAGCCCGAGCGUUUUUCUAUAUAUUUUGUGUAUUUUCGGAAUGAACAAAAAAUGUGGAAACUAAUUUGAAAUGCUCCUGCUGCCAGUAUGUGACCAACUAACAUCUAUCUCUGCCCACCAGACCGGUAGAUGCUCGUCGAAAAGCCAAAACAGUGAACCAAGCGCCAACAAAAAGCCAGCAAAAACAAAAGAGUGUGCAAAACAACGAACAAUAACAAAAGGAAGCAAGCGGAAGGUGGCAGUGGACUAACUCGCCCCGAGAGAAGUGCAGAGCACAGAACUGCAAAGUGGCGUCGCUAUUGGAUAUCCGUGCUGGGGCAGCAGCGGCGUCCAUGUCCACGGGUCAACAAGGGUGGACCACCAAGAACCACGACCGCACCACAGCCAGGAGAGCGCAGCAGCAGCCGCAGCCGGUGUGGUGUCGCCAACUUUGGCCUUAAGCAUGUAGUCUUGCAGCAAAGAACCCGUUCUCUAACAAGCACAAGACACCAGGGGCAAGGUACCAAUCGAAAUAAAAACACACAAAAAUCCAACCAACACCAAUGAAAAAUGUCACAAAGAGGUAAGCGCGGUAAUCAGCACCACCACCAGUCGCACCAUCCGCCGCCGCUGCAGCAGCAGCGCAAGGAUGUUGAACCGCCACCCACCAAGCGGCGCAAAGGCAGGCCGCCCAAUGGGGCGACUACGACUGGAGUGGAAUCUGGAGCGGGGGCUGCAGUUGCGGGGUCAGAGCGGGUUCCAGUUUUACCUCUGAGCAACAGCAAGCAUGAACAACCGGGGGAUCCGGAGCCUGAGGCGGGAGGAGGUGAAGGAAGAGUUGCGGCAGGCGCCGGCAGCACUAGCAAAUCCAAGUCAACGAAGCUGGCCAAGUCGGCAAGCAAGUGCAAGUCGCAAGGGGCGAGUUCGAGCAGUUCCUGGCAGGCGCGCUCUGUGGCGGACAUUAAGAUGUCGAGCAUCUACAAUCGCAGCUCAACGGAAGCUCCAGCUGAACUUUACCGCAAGGAUCUCAUUAGCGCAAUGAAAUUGCCAGACUCUGAGCCGCUGGCCAACUACGAGUAUUUAAUAGUAACGGACCAAUGGAAGCAGGAAUGGGAAAAGGGCGUGCAAGUGCCCGUUAACCCGGACUCCCUUCCGGAGCCAUGUGUUUACGUUCUACCCGAGCCUGUUGUGUCCCCAGCACACGACUUUAAGCUUCCGAAAAAUCGCUAUCUGCGCAUUACCAAAGACGAGCACUACUCGCCAGAUCUACAUUACCUGACGAAUGUCGUUGCCUUGGCGGAGAACACUUGUGCCUAUGACAUAGAUCCCAUUGACGAGGCCUGGCUGCGCCUUUACAACGGAGAUCGUGCCCAGUGCGGUGCUUUUCCCAUCAAUGCGACGCAGUUCGAGCGCGUUAUUGAGGAACUGGAGGUUCGUUGCUGGGAACAGAUUCAAGUCAUACUUAAACAGGAGGAAGGCUUGGGUAUCGAAUUCGAUGAGAAUGUCAUCUGCGAUGUUUGCCGGUCGCCCGACUCAGAGGAGGCCAACGAAAUGGUAUUCUGUGAUAAUUGCAAUAUCUGCGUACAUCAGGCUUGUUACGGCAUUACAGCGAUUCCAUCUGGCCAAUGGCUAUGUCGCACUUGCUCGAUGGGCAUCAAGCCGGACUGCGUGCUUUGUCCCAACAAGGGCGGCGCCAUGAAGUCCAACAAGUCGGGCAAGCAUUGGGCACACGUCUCCUGUGCCCUGUGGAUACCGGAGGUCAGCAUUGGGUGUGUGGACCGCAUGGAACCCAUUACGAAAAUCUCAAGCAUUCCUCAGUCACGCUGGUCUCUGAUCUGUGUCCUCUGCCGCAAGCGCGUUGGCAGCUGCAUCCAGUGCUCAGUGAAGCCAUGCAAAACCGCCUACCAUGUGACCUGCGCGUUCCAGCACGGCUUGGAAAUGCGUGCAAUCAUUGAAGAGGGAAAUGCUGAGGACGGCGUGAAGCUGCGCUCCUAUUGUCAGAAACACAGCAUGAGCAAGGGUAAGAAGGAGAGUGCUGGUAACCAUGGCGGAGGCAGUGCCUCAGUUGCAAGUGCCAUGCACAAAGCGAACAGGUACGGGAGCGGGGCAGGUGGAGCAGCAGACGAUGUCAGUAACGCGUACGGGAAAACUGGAGAGGAUUCGCGCCGGCGGAAAAAUCACCGAAAAACUGAGCUGACCUCCGAGGAGCGUAACCAAGCGAGAGCUCAGCGUCUUCAGGAGGUGGAGGCUGAGUUCGAUAUGCACGUGAACGUUAAUGACAUUAGUUGCCAUCUCUUUGAUGUCGACGACGAUGCUAUUGUUGCCAUAUACAACUAUUGGAAGCUUAAGCGAAAGUCUCGACACAACCGCGAGCUAAUCCCGCCCAAGUCCGAGGAUGUGGAGAUGAUAGCUCGCAAACAGGAGCAACAGGACAUGGAAAACCAUAAGCUGGUGGUUCACUUGCGACAGGACUUGGAGCGAGUUCGUAAUCUUUGCUAUAUGGUCAGUCGAAGGGAGAAGCUUUCGCGCUCUCUCUUUAAGCUACGCGAGCAGGUCUUCUAUAAGCAGCUUGGAGUGCUGGACGAGAUGCGCCUUGAGAAACAGCAGCCGAAACAGGACGAAAAGCAACGGCCUGUAAUGGAUCUGGACGCAGUUAUCUACGCCAAUGAUGGACCCACGUUGUAUGACCGCUUCUACAGCUCGGCUGUAGGACAAACUGUGCCGGCACAGUACCAGGAUUUGAAGUACAUCCUUGAACAGCUGAUGGGUAAGAUACAGAGUGGUAAACAGGGACGUGGCCGUGCCUCUCAGUCUCCAAACAAGCGCAAGCAGCCUGCAAAAGCGUCGCCCAACAAAAAGCUCAGCAACGGCGCCCUUAGUUCCCGCACGUCUUCGCCUGAAAAGCCAGCGACAUCAUCGAGUAAAGUGGGACCGACCUUCGCGAAGGUACGAGGUACGCCUGGGAAGCCUCCUACAGGGAGGCGUGCCUCAAAGAGCAGCGCGGCGGCGGCGACGUCGGCCCACAACAGAAAUCAAUCGCACCCAAAUAUCCGGAGUAGCCCGUCCUCCCAUUCGUCAAGCGGCAGUUCAUCAUCGGGUAAUUCCAGCUCGGCGAAUGGUAGCAGUAGUUCCGAUAGUUCAUCUGGAAGUGAAUCGGGUAGUGAGAGCGGAAGCUCCAGCGCAGCCAGCGGAGUCUCCAACCGAAAGUCCUCUUCAGGAAGAAGCCCCCUUAAGAAGCAGAGCUACGCCCGCUCCGUUGAACAGCGGCAGAAACAGCGCCAGCGUCGCCAAAGUGAGGCAGCUACGGGUGCGUCUGCGGCGUGUCCGGAUUCCAGGUCCGGGAGCAGCUCCACCGAAGACGAAGUCGAGCGUCGUAAAAGUGAGCAAGACCCGGAGCGCGGGACGAGACGUGGACCAGUCCACAGCAAACCAGUACCUAACAAGAGCCAGCCAACUAAGUCAAAACCAAUCACAGACGCAGGUGCUGGUGCAACAGCGAGAAGGAAACUGUCCACGACAACACGAGGCCUUGCCCAAAUGGACAGAGAUGCCGAGGAGAGCCUGUCGAGCGAUGAAAGUGAAGAAUUGCUGCCUCUGAGGCGCGAACGCCAGCGUGACACCACAACGACGUCUGGAUUGGUACCGACUGGCAACUCGACCACGAGUCGAAAGAUGGCUCAGCACAUAUACUCCGACUCGGAAAGCAGCUCUUCGGCCCAAGAAAAAGACCCAGAAGAGCAGGCAACUGUGGAAAGCAACGUAAGUGAUUCACAGAACCAGCAAACGAUUCGGACGAAGGCGGCUAUGAAAGAGUUUGUGCCUGGAACAGCCGCCACAACUGCCGCCACUCCUCAAGCUGCGCCAUCGGCUAGCAAGGCUAAGUCGACCAGGGAAGGAAAUAACGCGAAGGAAGGAGGUAAUAGUACCAGUACCACUAACAGCAGCAGCACAAAGUCUAAAACGAAUUCGAAUGUCAAGUUGCCAUAUCCGGCAGAUCUUCUGGUAGUGCCACAGCGUCAGGCAGCCAAGAAGGCGUCCGAGAACAUGCGGUCCACGAAUCUCGCCACAACGCUGCAGCCAGAUGCCUCUGACAAAGUCCGAGAGCCGGAAACGAACUCAAUGAACUCAACGAGUGCCAAGAACAAGCUCAAGGACUCGGGCUCCCGAGCAGCGCCAGAAACGGAUAAAUCCAGUCUCGAAAAAGUCAGACAAAAAGAACAGCCACAAAAAGCGGGUGGAAAGGCAUCCGAAAACGCACCCGUGGAACGUGGGAAACGUGGAAGACCACCAAAGGUGGCGAAGGACCCCCGUCCACUUCUGCCCACUUCGGAAAAAGAAAAGACUCCGGCUCCCACGCAGUCUCCAACCAAACCCCCACCUGCCCCUGCCUCAACCAAGUCAAACUUUGCCGUAUCCUUGGUUCCCCAAAGGCAAGCGGCUAAGAAGGCGGCAGAGCAGUUGAAGAGUUGCAAACCCGCUUCGGAACCCUUCCUAACUGGCAACGACACUGCGGAGAAGGAACCAGCGACGACAGCGACGGGACCUGGUACGGGAGCAUCUGCGUCAAUUAUCACCACGCCAGUAAAACCGACCCGACGGACCUCACUUAAGGAGGCACCAAGUACACCAAAGGAAGCCUUGAGUAGCAGAAGAAGGUCGAAAGAAGAUGCGGCAGUGACCCCUGUAAAGACGACCACUCCCGUCAAGCGUCGCGUUGCAGCACCCAAUCUUUCUAGUUCCAGUUCCGGCGACAGCGACAGCUCUAGCUCCUCCAGCAGCUCUGGAAGCAGUUCGAGCAGUGGCGCCAGCGACUCCGACAGCGAAUCCCAGGCCAGCGAUUCGGGGAAGACGUUAAACAGAGAGCCUGCUCAGGCCCCUGCGUCAGUCCCUGCUGUGUCCUCCAUUGUGCCAAAGCGUUCACCUCGCAAGUCUGUGGACAAGCCUGCAGUCUCAGCCGUUACGGUUGCACCAGUACCGCAACCUCCAGCUACGCGGUCUCGUCAGAAUUCUGCCACAAAAUCGCCAAAGAGAGCAUUGCAGAAGCCGGUAGCAACCGCUCAGGAGGAUGUCUUAAGUAUUCCCAAGGCACAGCUGCUUCGUGGUCAGGGGUCUUUGGAAGAAAGUGCAAAGCAAGUCCACUUAGAACAGGCCACCAAACGGGCGACUCGUGGCUCCAAAUCGCGGCCCCCUUCCCCCACAGUCAAAUUUUCUCCAGAAAAGACAACCUCCCGCCGCAAAUCCCGAGCGGAUGACUCGCCCAAGAAGGUAGCCAAUCUGGAGCACGAAAUUAACCAAAGGAAAGCGGCCAGUGGCAAGGCAACUAGUUCGCUGGACAAACUGCUGAACAAAAAACAGCAGCAGAUGAACCCUUCUGCACCAGCGACACCACCAUCAAUGUCGCCGACGCAACCUACUUCCGCCAUACCCACAGAGAAAGGUCAACGCGAACCCGAAGAGGCGCCUGUUCACCAGACCAACUUGGAAGCUCGAGAACAGGAGCCUGAGACUGCGGCAGAAGCUGGUGAACUGCCAAUGGAUAUUGAUGAAGAGCUGACCACCGCUCCAACGCGUACGCAACUGUCUGCUAGUGCCAGUAAACUAGCGGACAUUAUCGAUGAUGAGCGACCACCGGCUGCUCCGCUCCCUGCUUCGCCCACUCCUACUCCUACCUCUAAUGACGAGUUGUCCGACGCCGGAAGUGAUCUCAGCGAACGACGGCGCAUGCGCUGGCGGUCCAGGCGGAGAAGGAGAAGACGCAGCCACGAGCCAGACGAGGAGCACACGCAUCACACUCAACACCUCCUUAACGAGAUGGAAAUGGCCAGGGAACUGGAGGAGGAGCGUAAGAAUGAGCUGCUUGCGAAUGCAAGUAAAUACUCGGCGUCCACAUCCUCUCCAGCAGUCACGGUGAUUCCCCCUGAUCCGCCGGAAAUCAUUGAACUCGACUCGAACUCUGCGAACUCUGGCCCAGACCAGCAGCAGAUACUGCUGCAGGAGCAAUCCUUGCCAGCUCCGCUUGUUAUGCAGUCCCCUACGUCAGAGGCAGUUCCAACUACUAUACAGCAGCAGCUGCUCCCUUCGCACCAGCCACUAACCGAUCAACUUCCUGUCGAGCAAUUGCCGCCAGUGUUGACGGAGCCCAUUGUUGACACCAUUCUCGAGAUGGAGGACAGUAAAUUCGCAAACAACUUCGCGUCGAGCUUAGCAAGCGUGCUAAAUCCACCCAAUCCAGAACAGAUGAGCCUACUGGGAUCCAGCAUGGAGAGGGGAAAGCAAAUCAGUGAAGAGGAUAGUAUUCAAGCAACUAGAAAUCUAUUGGAAAAGCUGCGCAAAACCAAGCGCAAGCCACAAGAUGACUGUUGUUCUAAGGAGGCGGUCGAUCUAUUGCCUCCAACUCCAGCCAUUCCCUCGGUAUUUCCAUUCCAUAAUGCAGCGGACCCUGAGGAUAUUAUUCACGCCCAGAAAGAACAGCAGCAACAGCAACAACAACAGCAACCACAAACUUGUAUUUAUGGCAACUCAUCUGGUCCAAACUCUGUGGCCUCUUUGACCAUUAAGGAUUCACCCAUGACAGCAAAUAGUGAAAGCUAUGCAAACAGCCUUACCAGCACUCCAAAUGCUACACCCACAAAUGCAACAAUGAGCAAUCUUGGACCCGGCAGUGGCUUCCAAGUAAAUUUUUCGAACUCUCAGCAAACGCCAACGUUGAGCCUCUUCCUCGAAAAGUCACCCCACCAAAAAGGAGCUUGUCCGCUACCCAGCAAUGGCGGAGCUGGUGCUGGAGCACCUGGAGCCACUCCCGACUUUGUGGACUUAGCAGCGGCGGCGGUGAAGAACACUCUCGGAAGCUUUCGCGGAGCAGCUGCCGUUCCCGCGCAAUCCGGCGCGGCAGGCAACAACAAGAUCAGCGACUACGACGAUAACACUCGCAUGCAGUCACCGUUCGGAAGGAUUCAGUGGAACGAAAACGACCUUAUUGCGGAGAGAAGGAGUAGCUCGCCCAGUUCAGUGUCGGAGUCCAAUGAUCCUCCUCCGCCACUUGCAGCCGCAGCGGCGGCAGCAGCAUCGGCGGCACGUACACUUGCCCAGCAUGAAAGCUGUAAAAACUACUUUAACAACUAUGCAAGUGGAAAUGGAGGACCUGGCAGCGCUGCAAAUGCUGCGGCGCCCUUUAACCAUGCUUCAAUGAACGGUAUUGAUCCCAUGCCAAUGUUUAACAACACAACUGCGUCGCAGCAUCAACAGACAACGCCAACGCACCAGCAGCAACAGCAGAGGACUCCAAAUAGUCAGUACAAUGGAGGGAUCUAUCCACAGCUUGCGGCCAUGAUGCACCCACAGACAACGCCGACGGAAACGUCACCUAGCUUGUAUGGCAAUGGCACAGUUGGCGGCGUUGGAGUUGGUGUAGGUGUCGGUUCUGUACAGCCAGCGACACUAGCUCCGCCGCCUCAGGGCACGCAAUACUCCGGGACACCUUACUCCACAGCCGGCCUGGGCAUGCUUCCUGUACAGCAGGCUGCGCUUCCACCAGUUCCCGUUCAGGCCACCUCAACCACGAAUCAUCAAUUCGCCCUGACAUCACCGGUGGAUGGAAAGAUGCCGACUUAUCCGAGUCAGCUGCUAAGCAGCUGUGCUGAAGCAGGCGUGGCCUCGAUGAUGCCACCGACGCCCCCGGUUCCAGUUACAGCCAAGGAGUCGCCGAGCAAAAGGAGCAGCGUCAGUAGUGCCAGUUCAUCCAAGAAGCAGUCGCACAAAUCACCCCAACUGCCGCAAGGAAAAUCGCCAGGUAAAUCUCCCCGGCAACCCCCAACUCCUCCUGCACCAGUUCCCAUAGUGGCUUUGCCGCCAACCAAAUACGACCUGCAGACACACACGUUGCAGGGCAAGCCACGUCAAAGAGCUCCGCGAGGAAGCGGCGGCUCUGGGGCGCAGGGCAGAGGAAGAGGACGUGGAAGGGGCAGAGGACGCGGUGCCGGAGCUGCGAGUGGAAUGGCAAUGGUCCUGCCGCCGCCAAUGACAGACUAUGGCAGCAACACCCAUAUAGUUAACAAUUUGGUCGGAACGCCCUUUGAGUUCAACAACGAGUUCGACGACAUGGCAGGACCAGGUGUGGAGAAUCUGCAAUCGCUGAGGGACCGGCGUAGAAGCUUUGAGCUGCGAACGCCACGGGGGCAGAACAAGCCAUCUACUACGCCAACUACCGCAGCAACCACCAAUCCCCUCCUGCACCCAGUAUUGCCGGGACCUGUGGACAUGAGAACCUAUAAUCUUGGAUUCGAGGCGCCCCACAGUACAGCCUCCCAAGAGGCCUACCAAAAUAAUCUGCUCGGUGCCUUCGACUCGGGAACCGCAGAUCAAACUCUCAGCGAAUUCAAUGAAGAGGACGAACGCCAGUUUCAGUCGGCUCUUCGAGCUACUGGUACUGGAUCCUCUCCCAGCAAACAGCCCUCAGCGCCGACGGCGCCAGUUGCAGUCCUAGCUGCGCCCAACCCGCCACCUGCAGCAAACCUCCUUCUGCACUCCACUGAAGCGAACCAAAUGGCACCCAGUGCGGUUGCCGCUGGCGCUGCAACUCACCUGGUGGAAGGCUCGCUGGUAGAGGCUUCUUUGGAGGCCACGUCUGAGGAGGUCUCAAUCGACUCGGACAGCACAAUACUGCACACCAAGACCUCGAUCUCCGAUGCCCGAAGUCAGCUGAAACUCAAGAUUAAGAGCCCGCUGGCCUAUCCGGAUCACUACAAUGUCAUGACGAACAGCAACAGUCUGAAUUUGUCCAGUACCCUAGUGCAGGCCUCUAAUGUAGUGCAAACCACGGUGUCUACCUCAACGGUUGUGAGUGCGUCAUCUGCCGUAAGCGGCAAUUCGCGCCGCAUGCGAAAGAAAGAACUGCUCAGUCUCUAUGUGGUUCAGAAGGAUAACCACAACGACGACAGCUCGUGCGGUCUGCCUGCCGCUUCCGACAACUUGCCGCUGGAUAACCUGCUGCGAAAGUCGGCGGAGGAGGAAGAUGAAUUGUCGGCCGGCAAUGGGUCGAAACGGUUCAAGAAGAACUCUAGCAGCAGGGAGCUGCGUGCUCUCGAUUCGAACUUGUCCCUGGUGGAGGAGCAGCUGUUCUCCAGCGGUUCUGGUGCGGGUGCGGGAACAACAUCCGGCGACGGGAGACGGCGCAGCGCUUGCAGCUCUGGCAGCAACAACGACAACAAUGGCAAGACGGGAGCUGCCAGCAGUGCAGGUAAGCGGCGAGGACGGAGCAAAACCCUUGAAAGCAGCGAGGACGACCACCAAGCACCCAAGCUGAAGAUUAAAAUCAGGGGAUUGGCCGCGAACGAGACUCCUUCGGGUAUUUCAAAUGCGGGCGAGGGACAGAGCUACAGCUAUGAGAUGACCCGAAGGGCUUGCCCUCCUAAGAAACGUUUAACAAGCAAUUACAGCACACCCACGCUGGAGGAGAUCAAGAGGGACUCGAUGAUCUACCGCAAAAAGGUUAUGCAGGACUUUGACAAGGGAGAGGACAACAAUAAGCGGGAGGGCAUUGUCAAGGAAGAAGAGUCCCUCAUAAUGCCUCAGCCCCCCAGCAAGCGACCUAAGUCUUCCAAGCCCAAGAAGGACAAGAAGGAGAAGAAGCGCCAGAAGCAGCAGCAGCUGAUCCAGAGCAGCAAUACAACGACCAUGACCACUACGUUGAUUGAGAACACGGCCAGCGCAUCGCCAGGAGACAAGCCAAAGCUGAUCCUCCGUUUUGGAAAACGGAAAACGGAGACCACCACGAUGAGCGGAUGCGUGGAACAACCACCGGCAGUGGAGGCACUUGCACCGGCACCCCUGCGCUUCAAAAUAGCAAGAAACUCUUCAGGCGGCGGCUACAUAAUAGGUACGAAGGCGGACAAGAAGGACGAGCCAAUGCCGGAGAACACCUCCCCGGUAACGGAGCUGCCGCUGAUGACGCCCCAAGGAGAGGCUUCUCCGCAGAGCCUGUUGCUCAACAGCUUUACCCCGCACUCCCAGAAUGCCAACGCAUCGCCAGCUCUGCUUGGCAAGGAUACGGGCACCCCCUCGCCGCCUUGCCUGGUCAUAGACUCCAGCAAGAGUGCCGACGUGCACGACUCCACAUCUCUCCCCGAGAGCGGCGUGGGCGCAAUGGGCAUGCCGGCGUCCCUUGUAGGCGCUACAACCCCUCUGUGUGUCAACGUCGGAAACUACGAGAACAGCAACAACUCACUGCCCUCGGCAAGUGGCACCGGAUCGGCUUCCAGCAACUCUUGCAAUAGCAACUCGAACAACAACAACAACGGCAGUGGAGGAGGACCCGCCAGCGGAGGGGGCAGUUUACUUCCAUUGAAAAAAGACUGUGAGGUUAGAUGAUAAUCGUAGAGCGCGAGAGUGCCGCAUGUACGGGUAUCCUUUCCCGUCCCUUCCUUCAUUUUAAUUUGUCGAUUUCCCCCUUCGUGAUUUGAUUCCUUGCCCUAGCCCAUUUCUGAGCGUUAGCCUUUAUUGUAAACAGGAGCCCCCCCCCAAUCGAACUUUAAAUUGUACAGUUAGUUUAUAAACCCCUUUCCCAUUCUUCUAUCCGUCUCUAACUGGUUUGUUGGAAUCGCAUCAGCGUAAACAAGAUAUUAUCCCUAUACAUAUAAUAUAUACAUUUGAUUAAUAUGCAUAUAGCACAUUAUGCGAGAAACAGAAAAUAUAAACUGUAAAUUUUUAGUGAA